AGAACUCCUCCACUUUUUUCUUUGCUCACCACCGAGUCCAUCAGGUUUGUUUUUUUCGUGGAAUACUAGAACAAUGUCGAUUCGCAUGGAUGCGUCGCUGUACAGCGAUGUUGCCCGCAUUGAGCGAGGUGACUUCCUCCGCUUCCACUGUGAGCAGCUCUCGCAGGAUGGCCGUGACAACCAGCGAUACUUCUUUGGCUGCUACUACCCACGGUGGCACGGCUUCUAUCUCGAGGAGGUCCGCUCCCUCAUCGGCAACAUGGGCUACAAGGAACUGAAGCACUUCCCAGCCUAUCCCUUUGACGUGUAUCUCAAGGCUACGGAUGCCGACGCGGGCGAUGCCGCCACAACGAUGCCACCUGACGACUACGCAGCGGACUGCGCGAACUCGACCACCUACCUGACCGACGACUUCCAGGUGGACAACAUCCUGGUGCUCGGUGCACCGCAAAACCAGCGUGAUGACGCGGUGAAGCGGUUUAAGAUUGUCGCGGUGGACAAGUCGCAGCUGAAAACCAAAUCCCAGGCGAUGCCGCCGGUGAUGAACCUGAACAGCAGCUCCGUGCGCAACCCCGACACGAUGCUGUCCACCCUUCGUGCACCGGGCGGUCAGUGGGUGCCAGUGAAGCUGGACGACACGGUGCUGGACAUUCUGACGCAGCUGCGGGACGCGUACAUCGAUCACGCCGGUGGUGGCAUUCCGGAAAAUGGCAUGAAGGCGAUGGGUCGGCCCUUCCGUAAGGUCAGCGAUGACGGUCGUCGCUGGAUGACGCUGGAGGGUGUGCGCCAGCUCGUCCGCGGCUCUCGCGCCUUUGGGGCAGCCGCCACGUCGCUCUCCGACACGCGCCAUGCCCAGCAGACCAUCGACGCGGUCACCGACACCAUCUUUGACGCUUUUCCCAAAGAGGAGGCUUUCCUACCCGGCGCACCGGGCGAAACGGGGCGUGAGGAGGCAAUUGACUACGACAUGUUUAUGGAUUACAUCCGCGGGCACAUGAACGCUACCCGCAAGAAGGCCGUGCUGGAUGUGUUUCAGCAACUGGACUACAACUCCGACGGCAACGUCGCCAUUCAAGAUAUCCAGGCGAUGUUCAACGCACAGGCGCACCCGGUCGUCGUGAGCGACGCCAUCUUCACCGCGGACAAGCUGCUGCGGGGCUUUCUUGCCAUCUGGGACGAGAAUCAGCGGCAGUUUGGGCUGGUGCCGUACACGGAGUUUAUAGACUACUAUAACGGGCUCAGUGCCAUUAUAGAGGAGGACAAGGUGUUUCUCGGGAUUCUCAAGACCACCUGGAAGGUUCCGAACUGGACGGUGAAGUUCGUGUAG